AUGGCCUUCUCCAAGAUUUUAUACGCGUCAGCUACCAUAAUCUCUGCAUUACCGGCUGCGCUGGCUGGUUUCAAUGUUGCUUCGCAGAGCAACAUUGCCGUGUAUUGGGGUCAAAACUCAUAUGGCCAAGCUAGUUCGCAGCAGAGGCUGAGUACAUACUGUUCAAAUGGCCAGGUCGAUAUUAUCCCAUUGGCAUUUCUCAACGGAGUGAACAAUCCGAUCACAAACUUUGCCAACGCUGGAGACAAUUGCACUGUCUUUACUGGGACUCAACUUCUCAAUUGUCCUCAGAUAGAAGAGGAUAUAAAAACCUGCCAAGCCACGUACGGGAAAACAAUUCUUGUUAGUAUUGGUGGUGCCACUUACACCGAAGGAGGCUUCACCGACGCCGCGUCAGCCCAAGCAGCAGCCACCAAUAUCUGGAACCUAUUCGGUCCAAACACAGCAUACGCCAACCGUCCCUUUAGGACCGCCGUCAUCGACGGCUUUGACUUUGACUUCGAGUCCAUUACUCAGAACAUGGUCCCCUUUGCGCAAAAACUGCGCGAUCUCAUGAACGCCAGCACCAGCAAGACGUAUUACCUUUCCGCGGCGCCCCAGUGUCCAUACCCGGAUCUCGCCAACAACGACAUGCUCAACGGCGCCAUCUCGUUCGACUUCAUCAUGGUACAGUUCUACAACAAUUACUGUGGCGUACAAGCCUUCGUCCCCGGGGCCGGCACACAGAACAACUUCAACUUUCAAACUUGGGACACUUGGGCCAAACAGACGAGCAAGAAUGAGAAUGUCAAGGUGCUGCUUGGCAUCCCCGCCAAUACCGGAGCCGGAGCGGGCUACCAAACUGCCAGCGCACUUGCACUAAUCAUCGCAUACUGCAAGCAGUUCUCGAGCUUUGGUGGUAUCAUGAUAUGGGAUAUGUCCCAGCUUUGGGCUAAUAGCGGGUUUCUCGACGCGGUGUAUGCCUCGCUUAUUUCUGGUGGAUCGCCAAUCACUGCAAACUACGGAACCACAUUGGUGGCAGGUACGACGAAAGGGGCAACUGUCAGGACUUAA